AUGAGCUACAUCACUCGCCGAGGUCUCUCGACCCUGAUCCCCCCCAAGAUCGCUUCCCCCAACGCGAUUGGUGCCGCUAAGGAUGCUGCCCGCAUGGACCGCGUGGUGAACUUCUACGCCCGUCUUCCCCGCGGUGCUGCCCCUGAAGUCAAGCCCACCGGCCUCAUUGGUCGCUACCAGGCUCGCUACUUCGGCAAGAACCCUUCUGCUGCGCCCCUUGCCCACGCCAUCGGCGGUAUCCUCCUCCUAGGAUACAGCAUGGAGUACUACUUCCAUCUCCGCCACCACAAGAACCACCCUCACUAA